AUGGCCGUUUCAAGCCCUAGCAACGUCCGCCGUGGCGCUCUCGGCCAGUUUCCGGGGGCUGUCGAGCUCCGGGGCGGCCCCACGUCCACACAAUACUGUGUUAAAGCUCAUCCCAUUCUCGCAUUCCCAAGAGCGCAAGGGCUGCCAUCCGCAGUCGUCUUCGCAAGCUUCUCCCUCCCCUCAGAGAGCAUGACAGCGCUCCAAGGCCGGUCUCUCCUUCUCCCUGUGUACGAAUGGCCUCGGGAGCGCUCCGGUGCACCCACAUGGCUUGCGUUUUGUCUUUGGGGACGGGACUCCCAGGGAGAAACGCAGCCGACGGUGCCGCGCACGCCAUCUUACAGCGCACGGGAGUGUCCUGCGCAGGACUUCUCACUGAUGAACUACUGCGUAAUAUUGCUGUCAGCCCUUCCGCUGUGGGCGCGCUUCAGUGCCUGUUCACGAUUUGAUUUGGCAGCGGCAAAGCAAGACAGCUUCCGCGCAUCCCAGGAGCCCCUGCUCAAGCAGCCACGAGCGCUCGAGUCGCGGAGGGAGCUCCAGGUGGCCAACCCAGGAUUGGUGUUCCCGGGGGCUGGGGCGAAGGUGCUUACCAGGUCCGAAGUGCCGGAUUCGCGUCGCUUCCGCUGA